AUAGAUAAACAUGGACGACGGAGGUGAGUUUUAUGCUGAUAUACAUCGGUGUCAAUCAUUCAUGGUGUUUGGCCAUCUUCACAGUCGCACGCCAUCUCGAUCUCCUCAUCGAGCCUCAACAGAUUCGGCCUUUCGUUCCACCUCUUUGCGAUCACCUGGAGAUCCAAAUCACCUCAACGGAAACGCGUAUGUCAGCACAUCUCAUCAAGGAGAACCUACCACGCCAACGGCCUUUCCUUCUGCGCAACCUCACGAACCCACCAUCCGAGAAGAAGAUGUUGAAUCACGCAGACACGCCAUGACAGAAGAUGCAAGCAGAGUCGUCGGUCGAAGUGUGCGUUCAUCUCAGUCUCAAGAUGUGGGACCAAGUAGAAAUGGGAAAGACAGGAGCAGGAGGAUGAUCGGCGAUUGGCAACUUCACAAGACCUUGGGAGCCGGUAGCAUGGGCAAAGUCAAACUGGCCACCAAUGUUGUCACCAAAGAAAAAUGCGCCGUCAAAAUCAUACCGCGGCAUACGGAAACCCAUCGCAAAGAUUUGUCGUCUCUCUCACCAGAGGACGCCGAUAAACUUCGUCAAAAGGACGAAUCGAAGGAGAUUCGAACAGUGCGGGAGGCUGCCAUCUCUCUACUUCUUCACCAUCCAUACGUUUGCGGCAUGCGCGAAUUCAUCACCCACGUCAAUCACCAUUACAUGGUUUUCGAAUUCAUAGAUGGUGGACAAAUGCUCGACUACAUUAUCUCCCAUGGAAGAUUACGCGAAAGAGCAGCUCGAAAAUUUGCUCGUCAGAUCGGCUCUGCUUUGGAUUACUGCCAUCGCAACUCGAUCGUCCACCGAGAUCUCAAGAUUGAAAACAUUCUCAUCUCAAAAUCCGGAAAUAUCAAGAUCAUCGACUUUGGUCUGUCAAAUCUUUACGCCCCGCAUCGAUAUCUCUCUACUUUCUGUGGCUCUCUUUACUUCGCGGCCCCAGAGUUGCUGAAUGCCAAAGUCUACACUGGACCCGAAGUUGACGUUUGGUCAUUCGGUAUCGUCCUUUACGUCUUGGUGUGCGGCAAAGUCCCCUUUGAUGAUCAGUCUAUGCCGGCCCUGCAUGCGAAAAUCAAGCGAGGACUGGUAGAGUACCCAGCGUGGCUGAGCAACGAGUGCAAGGCGCUACUUGGUAGGAUGUUGGUCACUAAUCCGCUGGAAAGAGCCACUCUCACAGAGGUCCUCAAUCAUCCGUUCAUGACCAAGGGCUUCGAUGGUCCCCCUGACUCUCAUCUCAUCCACCGAGAGCCGCUCCGCGCCGACGACCUCGAUUGGGAUAUUGUCAAUGCAAUGGGAGGAUUCACUUUCGGCACGCCAGAGCAGAUAUACGAGGAGCUACGAAACGUACUCCUGUCCGAAGAGUACUCAUCGACAGUCGCGGCUUGGGAGACAAGGCGUAAGAUGCGUCCAGCGGCAUCAGGAAGCUCGAUGAAUCUAAGCGACCAGAGCGACUCGCCGAAGAAGAAGCGCUUCAGCGGUUUCGACUUCAAGCGCAAGUUGUUCAAGGAGGAGAAGAAGGCAGAUGAAACAAUCAUCAAGGAGAAGGAGCCUCUGGAUCCGACGAGGGGAUUCGACCCUUUAAUUUCGAUUUACUACCUCGCUCGCGAGAAAAUUGAGCGCGAGCGCGUUUAUGGCAAGGGUCACUUUGCAUCGUCACAGACAUCUGUCGAAGCUGCCCCAAUCGCAACCGGAUACGGGAUGGCAGUUCCAAAUCUUCCUCCACCGGCCUCCGCUCACGCUAUGGGCCAUGACCAGGUAGCAGCUGACUACCGAGCCAGGGCAGAUGAUGUUCCCAAUGCGGUUAUGCAGCAUCCCCUUGCCGAUAAGGAGACUACGGAGAUCGCCGAUGUUCCUGUGGCUCAUCACCGGGGAUCUCAACCUAUUCCGUCGAGCCCGAGUCAACCGCAAGAACGCCCAAGGAGAUGGCCUCUUGGUCCCAGUCGGUCUUCUUCGACGGCAGACAACGAUGUCAGCAGGAUGGGUAUCGAGAACCGACCACCUGUCACUAAGCAUGAGCGUCGUGUAUCAGUCGGAAGCAUCAGUAGUUCCAUGGGUCGGACCUCGAUCAGUCGUCGGGCAUCUCAGCGCAAGCCCAGCACACCCGACACGCAUCAGCUCAUCACGGCUCGGGAAAGUGAGCCUGAGCCCGAAGUGGAAGGCGAAGCGGAAGAGGAGGCUGCUGCUGUCAACCCAAACGACGUGAAAUCUGUAUAUCUCAAGGGCCUCUUCUCAGUGUCUACCACCUCCAGCAAGUCUGCGUCCGUUCUCCUCAAGGAGAUCGCCACGGUCCUCGACAGGAUCGGAAUCAAGCAUCGGCCAAUCAAGGCUGGCUAUGAGUGCGUUCACGUACCCUCGAUUGAUUUGGCUAGCGUGGUCAAUGGAGACGAAGCCUCAACGUCCUUGAGCACUGCUCCAACGGCUGGCGAGAACGGCCCUAAGAGGAGGAAAUCCAUCAAAAGGAAAACGUCCAAAUCCCACUUUGAUUCCCGAGGAGCUUCGCCGAUGCCGGAACAAGCAAACUCGAGUGGCACAGCGAGUAAUGGCGAGCUGAACGGCACGGCCCCGGUCACACCGACGAAGCGAGCGCCCGUCGCUGAAGAUGGCGAUGCUUGGGCCGUGGCGCAGUCCGGAGGCGCUGGAUCUGCGCUCAUCGUCCGCUUCGAGAUCUUCGUGGUCAAGGUACCCUGGCUGCCUCUGCAUGGCAUACAAUUCCGACGCGUUGGCGGUGAUGGAUGGCAGUAUUCUAUGCUGGCCAAGACAAUUUUGAAGGAAAUGAGGUUAUAAGGCGUUUAUCAGUGGAGGUUGAAAUGCAUGUUGGCGUCUUGUCGAGUUGGAUCAGUGACAGAAACACACAAAUGAAC